GAGGAGGAGAAGGAGGAGGAGGCGGUUCCUGCUCCCAUUCCCGCCGUGCGAGUGCGGCCGGUUCGGUGCGUGCGGGGCUGGCGGCGGGGGUGGCCAUGGCGUCCAUGGCGGCGGCGAUCGCCGCUUCCCGCACGGCGGUGAUGAACGGCAACCGCCCGCUGGACGAGCGGGAACGCAAGCGCUUCAGCUACUUCUCCUCGCUGAGCCCUAUGGCCCGUAAGAUCAUGGCGGAGAAGGAGCGGAUCCGUGAGCGUUACGGGCCCGAGUGGGAGCGGCUGCCGCCCCGCCAGCAGGACGAGAUCAUCGACAAGUGCCUGGUGGAACCGCACGUCCAGGCCCGCUACGCCGCCCAUCGCGGAACCGCCCGGCCCGCUGCCCAACCCGCCUCAUACCCCAACCUCCGCCUCAACACGGGGCAGAAGGUCGUGCACUUCGGAGAUGAGGACAUCACUUGGCAAGAUGAACACUCAGCUCCCUUCUCCUGGGAAACCAAGAGCCAGAUGGAGUUCAGUGUUGCAUCUCUCUCCAUACAAGAACAAGGUGGUGCCCAGCUGCAGAACGAGCAGAGGCAGCCCAUGAAAGCAGCACCUGGUGUCCAAGCCCCUAAAUCUUCUCAAGGCACCAAGCCCCCUGGCUCUGAUGGUUUGGCAGCACCCAGGAAGGAAGAGGAGUCCUCUUUCUGGAAGAUAAAUGCAGAACGCUCCAAGUUUGAAGGAGACAAAUCUGAGUUCCAGUCCCUGACCCCCAGCCAGAUCAAGUCCAUGGAGAAAGGAGAGAAACCUCUCCCCUCUUUUUACAGACAAGAGUCUGCUCCAAAAGAGAUGGCCAAAGCUGAGAAGCCCAGCAUCACCAAAGCAGAGAAAUCUGUUGCCCCCAGCCUGCCCUCUGUAGCUCUGGAAUGGGAGAAACCACGACCCACUCAACUCCCUGUUAGUUCCCUAGAUGACUUCUUCCUUCCUGACCCACCACAGGACCUGGCAUCUUCUAGGACAAACCAGGAAGAUCCUGAUGGCACUCUACUUACAGAUCCACAAAUGCCUGGACAGACUAGCACAAGCAAUGUUAUCUUGAAGACUGGCUUUGAUUUUCUAGACAACUGGUAAAAGAUACUUCAAAAUAGAUCAAACCAAUUUUGGGGAAGGAGUUGGAAUAUCUUCCUCCUUGUAUGUUUAAUUUACUAGCAUUUGUGUCUUUUUCUAGAAGUAACUUUCAGACUCUUAAAUGUUGCCUUUGUAUAAACUUUUGUAAUACCAUAUGAGUUUUGGGUUUGUUUUUUUUUUUUUAAACAGUGAUAGAAGUGUGGUUUCAUUUGGAUAUUUUUUAAAUGUCUGUUAAAAUGUUUAGUAGCUACUGUAUUGAGAGGAGGGGAGAAGUUACCACAUGCAUGUUAAAUUAAAAAAAAAAAUGAGUCUCCAUCUCCUAAAAGUGGAAGCUCCAGGCCCAGGUUGCUGUUUCCAGUUGAAACCUUUGCUUGGUUCUAGAUGAGCAAAUAAUUCAUGGACAAAUAAUUCAGCUAAGUAGCAAGAACAGCUUGAAAACCAAGCAUGGGGAGGGAGUUUUGUUGGUUUUCCCCACUCUGUUUAGUUUGAAAGUAACUUCUGUGUAUUUGAGAACACUUUGGCAGAGGGCCAAGACAUUGCCAAAAGGAUGGAUCCCAAGAAGCACCCUGUUUGUACCCCACAGAUCUGCUCAGAUAACAGGAGGGUGUUAGAAAAAUGGGAUGGGGGAGUGAGAGAUGGGUCUGGGUUUUGGAUUAAUGGCUUGGAGAGUGAGUGGGGAGGGGAAUGGGACAACACCUGAUGGAUGAGUGGGAGAAACUGUCCUCAGGGAACACAAACCUAGGGAUUUCACUGCCUCCUCACUGCAGUGGUGCUGGAAGUACAGCACUGGGAGCUGCUGGAGUGUAGCUUAACUUCAUGUCAGGAAACCACUGUGUUUGUGGGAGGUCACAGUAGUAUGAGGCUUCUUUGUUGUUGUUUUUUAUUUUUAAGCAGCUUAUUGUCUCAAGGACUCACUGACUUUGGUGCUUUUUCCUCCUUGGUGGGUACAUCCUCUUCAGCAGUCCCCACCUGGGUGACAUUUUGUUCCCCAGGUGCAGAGAGGCACCUUGAGGUGACCCCUCAGAGCAGACUGGCCUCCAGUUUCUGCUCCCAAAUGGUCUUUGUUUGGUGUGAAAAACCCUAGAGAACAAGAGUAGCUGUUGUCUGAACCUGUCAUCUCUUGAAAAUGCAGCAUGAUUUACACACUGCCUCUCACUGUGGUUACCUCACCUUGAAGCCUUAAUUCCCCCUACUCACAGCCAGGCUCUGCUCUGCUCCAAUGCCAAAGCUCUGACCUCUCCCUUUCCCUCAGCAAGAGGCCCCACAGCAUUUGUUUGGGGUAGAAGGCAAAAAAAACCCCAAACAACCACAAAGCCCCCACAACACAGGGCUCCAGUAGGUCUAGUGGGUCCCAGCCAAGGCUCUAAGAAGGUCACUGUCUCCUAGCCCAGAAUCCUGCUUCUCAUGGAUUAGCACUUGAUGUUUGGGUCAGGGCCAGGGGCUGUGAAAUGUGCAGGGUUAUUGGAUGCUGCAGGGUUUUCUUCUGCCUGGAACAGGAAGGGUUGAAGAUGUCCUGGAUGGAUUCUGGGCUCUAAUUGCUGUGCUGCUUGCUCUGACCAAGCAGAGGAUGCUGAUAGAGCAUUAAAAUUUACUUGCAGAUCAAGGAAAAUGCUGCAGGUCAUUCCCUUCCCCCCCAAAAAAUGAAUAGAAUGACCAAGCCCUAAACUUCCAGUUUUUUUAGUGUUUUCUUGAGAGGUUUCUUAACCAAAGGAGAAGAUU